AUGGCUGGAGAUCCUCGUGCGCUACUCCAGAAGGCAGACAAGGCACUUUCCGGCGCCUCCGGUGGCUUCAGCUUCUUCGGUGGCCGAGAAGAAAAAUACCAAAAUGCGGCGGACCUAUAUGUCGAGGCGGCGAAUGCCUUUAGGAUCCAAAAGAUGAACCGAGAGGCCGGUCAGGCUUUCGAGAAGGCGGCUACGGUCCAGAGCAAGCAUCUAAACGAACCCGACGAUGCUGCAAAUACGCUUGUCGAUGCUUUCAAGGUGUACCGGAAAGAGAACCCGGAAGAUGCCGUGCGAUGUCUCGAGGUUGCCGUCGGCCAGUACUGCAAGAAGGGGAAUUUUAGGCGGGCGGCACAGCACAAGGAGAACAUGGGUGAGGUUUUCGAGGUAGAGAUAGGUGAUACCAAGCGUGCGCUCGAGGCAUACGAGACUGCUGCUGGGUGGUAUGAAGGAGAUAAUGCUGCAGCCCUUGCGAACAAGUUAUGGCUCAAAGUUGCAGAUAUUGCUGCCCUCGAAGGCGACUACUAUAAGUCGAUCGAGCAGUACGAGAAGGUCGCAGGGGCCUCUAUUAACAACAACUUGAUGCGCUAUUCGGUCAAGGAUUACUUCCUCAAGGCGGGUAUCUGCCAUCUAGCGACAGGUGAUAUGGUCGCUGCGAAUCGCGCACUUGAGAAGUAUCGAGAUCAAGACCCGACAUUCCCAAGCACCCGAGAGCACCAGCUACUGGUAGAUCUGGCUGCUGCCAUUGAAGCAGGUGAUCAGGACCAGUUUACAGACAAGCUAUUCCAAUACGACCAACUAAGCAAGCUUGACAAGUGGAAGACUACGAUUCUUGUACGAGUUAAGAACACCAUCGAAGAGGCCGGUGAGGACUUUUCUUAG